UGGUGCCUAUAAAUGGCUGCGCUGUGCUCAGCGAGACAUCAGUCCGCUGCCGCGGGACUGGGGGCCGUGUUAGGGCUGGAGGUGGAGCUGGAGCUGACCGUGAAGGAGCUGCCGCUGGGCCGGGGUGCACCACUGCACUGCACCGGGGUCUCAAGGAGGGGUGUGUUGCUGCUGGCUCACUGCGAGCCGCCUCCAGCCUGCGCCGAGGCGCCUUCCCGCCAGGCCGCCUGCCUCCGUCUUCCGCCUCCCUCCAUUUCCCCGGAAUCUCAAGCCCGGCGCGCUUGGACCCUGGCUCUCCUCUGGGUGGGGAAGCCUCAGCCUUUUUCCGGCUUUACUCCUUCCAGCCUUCUCUCUCCUUUUCCUGCAGUGGGUCUCACCCUUUUCGGUCCCCUCUAGCACAGGCUCCUUACCCCUUCCGUUUAGCCGAGUUCCAGCACCCCGGUGAUUUUCCUUUGCUAAAGGUCCCAUCCUU